AUGGACCGAGAAGAGAUCGAACGCAUCUUGCACCGGAAGCGCAAGCCACAGGAGAAGGCAUGCUAUCCUUGCCACCGGCGUAAGGUCCGCUGUAAUCAUUGCCAACCAUGUAGCACAUGUGAGAGGCGGGGCCACCCCGAAAUCUGUUCCUACUCCUUCGGCCGACCUGCAGCGACCAAGCGUCGUGAUAAACAACCUAGGCUUGAUGUUGAUAAUCCUCUGCAAGCUAUACCAGUGACUGGCUCUGCUAUCUCUCGACAAAAUAGCCCUCAAGAGGCCGUAGGCUCGGGCACAGAUGAGAGACAUUUGUCUUCUUCAAACCUGCUUCAUCCAUCCGAUGAUGCUAUUGAUGGCCAAUCCAACGCAGGGAACCCAUUCAACUUUGCAGAUGAUAUCCGUCCUAGCAACGAAGUAAUUACGCCGGCAGAUCAUACAUACGAAGGGGACAACUCUAUCGUUGCUGUGCUACGACAGCACGCUAUCGACCUGCCGUCAUCCUCAAGGAUUCGCGAUGCCCGCAUGUUUUUUGGCCUACAAAACUCCUUUAGCAGCGAUCCUCUGUUUACUGUGCCAACUUUGCAGCAGCGAUGGGAAAGCUUACUGAGCUUCUUACCACAGAACCAGGAGUUUCAUAGGUUCUUUCCUUCUUACCGGUAUACUGCAUAUCCGUUUAUGCCGUUUCUCGUCGAUAUCGGCCGGUUUGAGCUCCGUGUGUGUAAAUACCUCGAAAGUUGGGCGGCUGGAGAGUUACAGGACAAAUUACAUCCUUCGUAUCCAUGGAUCAGUGAUGAGGGUGUUACGUUCGUUGCUCUCCUUUUGGCCACCCUUUCCUGUGGCUCCCAUUUCUCAACCCUACACGUCACCCAACGAUGCGAGAUAUCUCGAGAUUUUGUGAGGCGAGCAUUUAAAGCUCUACAAUUGGCCAACUAUAUGUUGCGGCCGUCUCUCGACGCAGUACAGACGUUAUUAAUAUUGGGAAAUACGCUUCAGAAUAUUGGCCAAUCUGACGGUGCCUGGGUUCUUUUAGGGACAACUGUGAGACUGGCGCAGGCGCUUGGGUUACACACUGAGAAUGGCGUUCACGACUGUUUCCUGAGUGUCUGCCAUGGUCGGCCGGCUAGUGUGUCAAACGUUCAAGUGCAAACCUUAUGGCGUAGCAACACUUUCAGCUCUACCCUCUCCUACAUCGAAGUAAUGCGCUCUGUAGCAUUUAUCUGCUUCGAAGUCACCGAAAGCACACCGGAUAUGGAGCGUUCUGUACGUCUCGUGCAAAAAAUAGAUGAUUGCAGUUCACGCUCUCAACCAUAUCUAAAAAACCGUGAUUCGUGUGGCAACUUACAAGAGCUUCUUGAACACCUUGCAUUACAGAUUAACACCUCGUUUGCUAUCUGUUUCCUAUGCCGACCCGCUAUUAAAAAGCCUACCUCGACAUUCGAUAGCGAGGCCCACCAGUUUCUCAUUGUUCGCGCGAAAAAGGGCCUUCAGAAUAUCUUGAAGGCAUUCCUGGACUUUCAGGCGUUGAGUAUCGUCCCUCUACGGAACUGGUCUAUGAUUCACUCUGCUCUUACGUCUACGUUGCUGCUCAGCAUUUGGGAGGAGACACGUGGUGAUUCCCGAGCUCGGGACCUUCGGGAGGGUGUACUGAACGUUCUCUUGGAAACCAGCCAACGCGAUACCGAUUUAAACGCGAAUAUCGAGCAACACUGCCACAGGACUCAUUGGCUAUCCACUAGACACGUCCGGACGCUUAAGAAUUUGCUGGAGACCAUUUGCAAUAUCCCACUGAGAAGUUCCACACGGCUUCGGAAAAUCCCUGGCAAAGUUACUGAUACUGCGAAUAGCGCUCUGGAUGAAGAUUACCAAUUCCCUUGGAUAUCUACUGAUCUAUCACCUAUUGCAUACGUCGACGAAAUUAUGAAUGGUGAGCACCGAGAAUGA